CAGUCGCUGUGUCAAUGCGCUGCGAGCGUCAGGACCAGUCAGACCUGCGGGACUGCGAGGCGCGCACACGGAUGAGAUAACGCGCUUGCUUUUUUUUUUCUUUCUUUUUCCUCGUUACUGCGAAAACCAUUCCAGCUCUCCGAACGUCGCGCGACUCCACCAACACAGACCGAUGCGCACAACCUUUGCGUUUCUUUCCAAGUUUCCCGUCGGCCUUUGUGCGGCACCGUCGGAGUGGAGAUGCUCUUCUAGCGCUUUGGCUCGCUCCUCUCUCUCUCUCUCUCAGUUCCCCUUUGCGCGCAACGACCCUUGGAUGUAUCAUCGAUUUGAAUUCGGACCCUUAUUUGUUCGCUUUUUAUUUUUUGUUUAAUUCUCAACAAGAGGGAUUUGCAGGAUUUACCACCCCCGAGCGAAGAAGGAUAAAAUGCGCACGGACUGAAGCCCACCGAGCAUCAACACGUAUUUGAGGAUGGAGCUGUGGACACGAGUGACAUCCUUUCCUUUUUAAACCUGUUCACCUCCGCUGUUUUGGGUUUUUAUUUUUGGGGGGGGGGGUUUCUGCGCGAUCGUGACACACACGGGACAAUAAACCUCUCCGGCGUCACUCUGCUUAUGCCGGGACGUGGAUCAUCUUGCGAGGGAACAAGGUAAUGGGAGAGAAAUCGCGCAGAGUCGGCGCAGAGAACAAGGGAACAUUGUUCGGAGAGAGACAAUCCGGGCGCACGGAGAGGCAGCAGGAAUAGCGCCUGCUGGGUGGCGGUACCUCUCAGAAAAGAAUCCGUCCAGUGGAGUUAUAUUUGUGCGCUUAGCAGAAAAUCAAAAAAAACAAACAAAAAAGGGACUAUUGAUUGCUGGGAAAGUCAUGGCACUGAAAUAGUUUUUUUUUCCGGAGACGCGGACGCACGGAUUUGGACGAAGUUUCUCCUGCACAUUUCAGAGCGUGUUUUUUUUGUGCAUUUCGACGAAUCUUGGAUGCACGGCAGCCUCCGCUCUCUGACUGUCGCGACCUACAAGCCUGGCUCGGCUGUGCCCGCUGUGUCUCAGAGUCUCCCCGCAGCAGCAGCAGCAGAGAACAGAAACACAACCCUCCGCUUCUGGUCCCUCUCGGUUGUUUCUUUUUAAAUGCGGCUACACAAGCUGCGCGUCGGGGUGGAGAUGGCGAGUCGAGGGAGAGGGAAUGGUUUGGGGAUCCUGAUGGUUUUCUUACUGGAUUUACUGGGGUCGGCGGCCAGCAACAUGGAGCCCAUCUACUGGAAUUCCCUGAACGAAAGGUUCAGGGACGACAAGGGCUACAUUCUGUACCCUCAGAUCGGGGACCGGCUGGACCUCAUCUGCCCACCGCUGGACACCGCCAGGUCCACGCCAGAGUACGAGUUCUACAAGCUCUACCUCGUGGCGAAGCGGGAGCAGGCGGACCGCUGCGAGGUCAUGGGCCCCCCCAACAUCGUGCUCACGUGCGACGAGCCCACCCGCGAGCGCCGCUUCACCAUCAAGUUCCAGGAGUUCUCGCCCAACCUCUGGGGCCACGAGUUCAAGAGCAUGCACGACUACUACAUCAUCGCUACGUCAGACGGGACGCGCCAAGGCCUGGAUAGCAUGAGAGGCGGAGUCUGUGUCACGCAAGGCAUGAAGGUGGUCCUGAAAGUUGGACAGAGCCCAUAUGGACUGCCUCCUAAGAAGGAGCCUGCGGGACGCACCACCAGCAGAAACCCAGGCGCCGCGGGGAACUCCACCCAGUCUCAAAGACCCAACAGCUUCGGGAACGAGGGCGGUGGUGAAAACGGACCCUUUCAAACCUCCAACAUCGCCGUCAUCGCCGGCGCCGCAGGAGGCUCCGCCUUUCUCCUGCUGGUGACAGCCGUGAUCUGCGUGGUGUGCUACCGGCGGCGGCACGCCAAGCACUCGGACACCCACCACCCACCGCUGUCGCUGUCCUCGCUCACCAGCCCCAAGCGGGGAGGCGGCGGCGGCAUGGGCCUCAGUAGCUCCAACAACAACGGCUCAGAGCCCAGCGACAUCAUCAUCCCCCUGCGGACGUCGGACUCAGCCUACUGCCCGCACUACGAGAAGGUGAGCGGGGACUAUGGACACCCCGUCUACAUCGUCCAGGAGAUGCCGCCUCAGAGCCCAGCCAACAUCUACUACAAAGUAUGAGACGGCCUCUUCUCCGGCUGACUGGACACACCCACCUCCCUCCACCCAUUACCAACAAAUCCCCUGCUCCAAAUGAAGCCACAGCGAAGCUCGCCAUCACAGCUCCGACCCUGAACCCCUCAAUACGACUAGUGUCGCCCCAUGGAACCCUCUCACUCCCCCGUGAGCCCACACCCCUGGCCACAGUUGCGUUUCUCGCUGAAUAAAGCACCCCCGACCCCAUCCUCACACAACUGGGCCACACAGUGUGUGUUAAGGGCGAUGUCGUAACCGUACACAGCCCUUCUUAACAAGGCCCUCACGAAUGGGCGAGAGCCUCUGAGUGCCCCCCUCUUGUUAACUCAGAGCUAAACGAGCCCCACCCGUGCUGAAUAGAAGAGUUGUUCCCCAAAACGCCAGUGUGCGUGUGCAGCACACACUCUUUUUCGAGGAGUAUGGACCUGGUGUUGGGACUCGCGAUGUUUUAAAAAAAGAAAAGAACUACAAGAGCAACAAAAAAAAAAAACUACACCCCUGAACCCACUUAGCGCCAGAGAACUCUGAUUCCCGGAGGCCCUACCUGCCUAUUCCACCAUCCCGCCCCUCAGAGCUCCGUCAGCCAACCAGAGACCGGCCCCUGCCACUAACUCACCAAUAGGAUUCUAGUUUGUUUGUGUUUGUUUCUUCUGAGGAAACAGGGGCCUCAGACUCAACCAAUCAGCAAGCCUGGGCGACGGUCACAUGACCGGGCCGGGGCCUGAGGAGGUCUGACCAAUCGGUGACACUCAGAAUCUUGUAUAUUUUAAUAAUGUGUGUGUGUUUAUGUGUGUGUGUGCUGCUGAGUGAGUGUGCAUAGGACUUGGAUAAUAAUUAUGGCGCUGCUGCUCCACAUUAGACGUGUGCGUGCAGUUAGCGCGCUUCAGUACAGCAGGUUUGCAUACGCGUGUGUUUAGCCGGCGCGUGUGUGUUUAAGCUUUGUGCGUGAGCGACUGUGCGUGCGUGCGUGCGUGCGUUCUUUAGACUUGUCUUAAAUACCAAAACACAAAAUAGUGAGCAAAUAUCAAAAAAAGUGAGAUUUUUUAUCACUAUCAACACUUAUAGAUUAUAUAUAUGAAUAUCCAGUAAAUAAUUUCUAGAUGUUUUCUUCAGUUUUCUAUUGUUUCGUUAUUUUUACCCACUCUGAUAAAGUACACUUCUGUUGAUAGACAUUUUUAUCUGCUGUUUUCUUUUUCACAACUUAAAACGACCUUCUUUCCUUUCUGUUCCCCUUCGGUUGUAUAUUAAUUUAAUCCCUUUUUUUAAAUUUCCUGGCGAACAGAGGUUGUUUCUCUCUUCCUCUCUUCCCUCUCUCAUUCACUCCCCCACCUCCCUCCCUCUCUCUCCCUCCCUCCCUCCCCUCUAGGGUCUCUGAACUCUGUGUAUAUUUUUAUAGCUCCUUGUACUAUGCCGUAGUUUUGAAGUUUAGACCUCGUUUGUGGAAGUGUUGAGGUAGAACCAUCUAUGAAAGUUUUUUUUUUUUUCAAACGCUUUUUUUCAAACUGCAGAAGUGAAAAGAAGUGAGGGGCACGGGGGAGGCGGGGGAGGCGGUGAUGGCGGGGAGGGUGCGUGUGUGUGUGUGUGUGGGGGGGGUGCGGCGGUGGCGAGAGGGGAUGAAAUAAAAAAAAAAAGAAGAAUAAAGGAAAAAGAACAGGGCAAGAGAGAGUGCUGUCUGGGGAGGAGGAAUAAAGCAGCGUCUGAAUGCAGAACUUUAAAAAAAAAAAAAAAGGAGAAAGGGAGGGAGACGAGGGAAGAAAAGACUGACGGAAUGGCACGCCGAAGAAAAAGAAGCAGAAAGGGAGGGUAGGAUGAGGAGCGGCAGGAGUGAGAGAUGAAGGAUCCCGAGGAGGGAAGGAUGGUGAGAGCAGAUAAAAGAGUGGCUGGUGAAGGAGAGACACCUUUUCUUCAAAUGGAGGGUCUGAGCCGCCCGGACAGAGGCGACGGAACGACGGCCAAAAUGGAUUUUCGGAGGAGUUGGACUCUAACUGUGGAAAGGAGAGAUCCCAUCACAUUCUCUCUCUCUCUCUCUCUCUCUCUCUCUCUCUCUCUCUCUCUCUCUCUCUCUCUCUCUCCCUCUCUCACACUCACACUCACACAGACACACACACAUCUACUGUCACACUUUACGUUAACGUUAGGUGGCACAUUUCAGAUUUGCUCCUCUUUUCCGCCGAAAUUUGUUGUGUUGAAACGCGUCUCUGUGUCACACAAACGCACACACACACACAUUUACUACAAAAGCACACACAGUGCACUGCUAGCCGCGGACACACACAAGAGAACCCCCCCACCCCCCCAGGCAGUCAGUACACUCUGUUCGACACACACACACCCCAACACAAAUUUCACACCUUCUAAUGACUGUCACAAAUGCCUACUGAUUGCAUUGAAUGACAUACAUUCUCUCUCGCUCCCGCCUGCCCCCACACAAACACGCACACACACACUUUUCAUCCACACUCGACAAAAAAAUGCCGAUUGCUUUCACAUGACUCUGUAUUUCUGUGAUUAAGACUAACCCAAUGGACAUGGGAGGGAUGAAACGAGGGCUUGUGUGCGGUGUGUGUUCUCUUGCUCGCACCCUCACGCCCUCGCACAAACGCACACACAAACACGCUAGUGCCCAGCACCUCGACCUUGGAGGGCAAUAACACGACGCCGUGUUUCAGAGGUGCAAUAUGUUCUCAUGUGCAUACUAAUAAAGCUGUUUUGUGUUGCUCAAACAUGUUUAUGGCUUAUGUGUAAACUGGGUGGCAGUGGAGAGCUUACGCUUUUAUUCAGAUUUUAAUUUUCACACACACACACACACACACAUGUAAGGCCUCAAGUGAUGUAGCCAUGUUUUCUGUGUGACGCCAGUGUUAAAUCUGGACCUUUCGACAUUUCUCAGCUGUGUUUUGUAUCAGUAUCUAACAUCAUAUAAUGAGAUAUCUUUCAUACUUAAGUGUCACAUUUGUCCAAAUUGACUUUGUUCAACACAUGAUGAUGAUGUUUUUAUACCAGGGGUUGCAUUUGACUGUAUCGAUUGAUUUCAAAGACAGAACGAGAGGAAAACACCUCAAAUUCUUCUUUUUUGUACAACUACCGACUUGUUUUUUUUUUUUCUUUCUGUUUUGUUUAAAUGUAAGCUGUUAAGUCUGUGUCUAUUUAAACAUGCUCAAAGUACCUAAAAUAAUCCUCCAAGCCAAAA